AUGUCCGACCAACUAGCGGAUCAGUUGAAAGCUACUAGUCUGAGCUCAGGCCCGGAAGACUGGAAAAAGAAUCUUAAUCUACCUGCCAAGGACACAAGACACCAGACCGAAGAUGUCACAAACACGAGGGGUCUGGACUGGGAAGACUUCAUACACGACAGGGAUCUCCUGAUGGGAAUCUUCGAGGCUGGCUUCGAGAAACCGUCCCCAAUUCAAGAAGAAGCGAUCCCCGUCGCCCUCACCGGCCGAGACAUUCUCGCACGCGCAAAGAACGGCACCGGCAAGACUGCCGCUUUCCUCAUUCCCGCCCUCGAGAAGAUCAACCCCAAGGUUUCCAAGAUCCAAUGUCUUAUUCUCGUCCCCACCCGUGAGCUUGCCAUGCAGACGUCUCAAGUGUGCAAGACGCUCGGCAAGCAUCUCGGCAUCAACGUCAUGGUGACAACCGGCGGAACUGGUCUGCGGGACGACAUUGUGCGUCUACAGGACCCCGUACACAUCGUCGUCGGAACACCAGGCCGUAUCCUUGAUCUGGCUGGCAAGCAGGUGGCUGAUCUCAGCGAGUGCCCAAUGUUCAUCAUGGACGAGGCUGAUAAGCUUCUGUCGCAAGAGUUCACCCCCGUCAUUGAGCAGCUCCUGCAGUUCCACCCCAAGGAUCGUCAGGUCAUGUUGUUCUCCGCCACCUUCCCUCUCUCGGUCAAGGACUUCUCGGAUAAGAACAUGACUAGUCCGUACGAGAUCAACCUCAUGGACGAGCUUACCCUGCGCGGUAUCACUCAGUACUAUGCGUUUGUUGAGGAGAAGCAAAAGGUUCACUGCCUGAACACCUUGUUUUCCAAGCUCCAGAUCAACCAGUCCAUCAUCUUCUGCAACUCUACCAACCGCGUCGAACUUCUCGCCAAGAAGAUCACCGAACUCGGGUACUCGUGCUUCUACAGUCACGCCAAAAUGGCCCAGCAGGCGAGAAACCGUGUCUUCCACGAUUUCCGUAACGGUGUCUGCCGUAACUUGGUCUGCUCGGAUCUCCUCACCCGCGGUAUUGAUAUUCAGGCAGUGAACGUCGUCAUCAACUUCGACUUCCCCAAGAAUGCCGAGACGUACCUUCAUCGUAUUGGUCGCUCCGGUCGUUAUGGCCAUCUUGGUCUUGCUAUUAACCUGAUCAACUGGGAUGACAGAUUCAACCUUUACAACAUCGAGCGCGACCUUGGUACUGAGAUCCAGCCCAUUCCUCAGAUCAUUGACAAGAGCCUCUAUGUUUACGAGAACCCCGAGUCUAUUCCCCGGCCCAUCUCGACCUUCAAGCCUGUUACCCAGCAGCCGCAUCAACUGCAGCAACUGCAGCAGUCGCAACGGCCCCAGCAACAGCAACAGCAACAGCAACAGCAACAGCAACAGCAACAGCAGUUCCCAGUACAGACACUGCCGUCGAACCAGCUCCCGCCUCAGCAAGCCAACCAACAACUUGGCUUCAAUCCCCAAGCUCAACAGGCUCAGAGACCCAUCCCCCAGGCCCAGAGUGAUUGGCAAGGGCAGAACGGUCGCCAAAAUGGCCAAGGUUCUUCUAACAACCAGCCUAGACCCACCAACAACUACCAAAACAACCGCGGUCAGCCCGGUGGCAGUGGGCCCCGCGGAGGUCGUGGACGUGGUUUCCAGGGCCAGGGAGGUCGUCAGAACCAAAACCAGAACUACGGUGGUCAGCGCGGUCCUCGUCCCCAAGGUCAGGGUCAGCCCCAGGGUCCACCCCCUGCCCAGUAG